AUUUUUUUUUGUUGCAUUCGUUAAGUAUCCUUUUUGUGGUUAAAAAUAGCUCUGCCUAUUUUGAAAUCAGCUCUCUGCCUAAUUAGUCACGUGGUCCUGCUGUUCGAUCGAUCGACGUUCCGUAAAGCUUGUAUACAGAACGAUAAGGUAUUCUGCGGGAUUUUUUGGAUUUCCCUUUUACGAACAAUCGUGCGGCCAUUUAAGCAGAUUCGAGUUCGUCUUAUACCUCCUCCCUUAUACAUAAUCUAUGCAAUUCAAUUUUCUGCAAUUCAAUGGGAGGUACAACAGCACUCAUUAGCGCAUAUUUUAUCAAUCCAUUCGGGUGGGCGAUAAGCUUUAAAUACCGUUGCCACGUACCCGGCCAAAAAUCAUUGUGUAAAAACAGAAGAACCAUCGACCACUGAAAUGGAACCCCCCUCUGUAGGUUUGGUACAGUUUGAAUCGUUUAUCCGUGUGCCGGAAAUAUUCUUCGCCAUGAUCGGUGUGACACGGUACGGUGAACCGAAGCGAACACUUCGGGCACACCUAAAGCAAGCACUGUUCUGGUCAUCCUGUGCUAAUACCGGCUUCUGUCUCAUCAUUGAGCAUAUCUACUUCGUGAAAGCGGCCGGUAACUUUACCAACUUUCUGCAACUGACAGCCUUAGCACCAUGCAUGGGCUUUACGGCGCUUUCCUUCGUCAAGAUCAUGACCAUUAAGCUGAACGAGACGAAGCUAACGGACAUGCUGCACCGGUUGGACGCACUGUUUCCCAAGUCGUCCGUACUGCAGGAACGGUACGGCGUGUUCCAGUACAACCGGGAGUCGCAGGUCGUGAUGAAAUCGUUCUCGAUCCUUUACAUGAUCCUGAUCUGGAUGUUUAAUCUGCUCCCAUUAGUGUCGAUGAUGGAGGGAUACUUCACCGACGGUAGCUGGCAUAAACAGUUGCCCUACUUUAUGUGGUACUGGUACGACUGGCAUCAGCCCGGUUACUUCGUGAUUACCUUCCUGCACCAGAACUGGGGCGGGUUUGUUUCGGCCGUGUUUUACCUGUCGACCGAUCUUAUGUUCUGUGCGUUCGUGUUGUUGCUCUGUCUACAGUUUGACAUAGUGGCGUAUCGGUUGAAGCAUGCGCUGCCCGAUGAUCACCAGGAGCUGAUCGAGUGCGUACGCAUACACCAGGCGGUGAUCGAACUGUGCAAUGAGCUUGAGCACAUGUUUUCUCCCUCGCUACUGGUGAAUUUUCUCAGCAGCUCGGUUAUCAUCUGCCUGGUGGGAUUUCAGGCUACGGCCGGUAUUACGCCAGCGGAUCUGUUCAAGUUUGUGCUGUUUCUCGUCUCGUCGCUAGUGCAGGUCUUUCUGCUGUGUUACUAUGGUAACAAACUCAUCGUUGCGAGCUCACAAAUUCCCUACAGCGCCUUCGAGGGACAGUGGAUCGGAGCAUCCGUUUCUUACCAGAGAUCCUUGCUGUUCGUUAUGUUACGCUCAACCACGGUGCAAAAGCUUACAGCGCUAAAAUUCUCCAUCGUUUCGUUGGCCAGCUAUUCGAAGGUAGCUAAGGGUUCCCUCUCUUCGAUACAUACCAGUGAUUCGUUUCUUUAUAUUUUUGCCUUUCACUUACCAACAGAUAUUAAGCACAUCGUUUUCGUACUUCACACUGCUGAAAGCCAUGUACGAACCGAAUGAGAAGAACGUGAAAUAAAGCUUCCUGGUAAGGAUCAAGCAAAGUAGUCGUCGUUUCGUGGCGUACAAAACGACUUAGUUGAACAGCAGACCAAAUAAACUGUCUACA